ACGGACACCUAAGCCCUCCCGAGACUUUAGGGGACGGGCGGUCAACACAAACUUAGGUCCUUCGGCUGAGCGAGGAGAGCGCUGAAGAAGAGCAAAAGCGCCAACUUUUGCUCUAAACGCGGCAGCUCGGCCAGGGAGGAGCACACGGCCGCUGCCUUACCUGGCUGCCCACGAUCACUCGUCCGCAGAAAUGUCAGCCGCCGGCGCCCGGGGCCUGCGGGCCACCUACCACCGGGUCCUUGAUAAAGUGGAGCUUCUGCUGCCUGAGAAACUGAGGCCGUUGUACAACCACCCGGCAGGUCCCAAAACAGUAUUUUUCUGGGCUCCAAUUAUGAAAUGGGGGUUGGUGUGUGCUGGAUUGGCUGACAUGGCUAGACCUGCAGAAAAACUCAGCACAGCCCAAUCUGCUGUUUUGAUGGCUACAGGGUUUAUUUGGUCAAGAUACUCACUUGUAAUUAUUCCCAAAAACUGGAGUCUGUUUGCUGUUAAUUUCUUUGUCGGGACAGCCGGAGCCUCUCAGCUCUUUCGUAUUUGGAGAUAUAACCAAGGACUAAAAGCUAAAGCAAACAAAUAAGAGUUCUUGAUCCCCUAACAACCUAGACGUGGACAUAACCACUGGGACCUAGUUUGAUUUAUUAUUCAGUCGUCAAUGAGGUGAUGCUAACUGUGCUAACAUUUGUAAGGCAUAAAUUCUAACUGUAAUUGGGAGAUAGUACUUGAUUCAACAGAAAAAUAAAGCAAACUUUUAAUAAUAUUGUCUCUUUACAUAUUACUUAAGGAAUUUAUCUAUGGAUAUUAGUAACAUUUUUUUUUACUAUUUGUCCAUAAUAAAUCAUACUGCUCGUACGUACCACUGGCCUCCUUCUGUUCUAGUCAACCAAAGUGUGUACGUCUAAGAGCACACAUAUUCCAGUGAGUCAAAAGAUAGUCAGAAAGUUAAAUAAUCUGUGUACAGUGAAGGAUGAUGAAGUAGCUAAAAGUGAAAGGAAAUAGAGCUAAAGAGAGCGAGAAAUGGGUUGUGGAAUGGCCAGCAACAUGACACCUCAAACUGUUUUAAAAUAUUUUAACUUGAAAUGAAGAAUCUUGUGAAGAAUAUUAUUUUUUGUAUGUUGUAUGAAAGUCUUUUACAGCUACAGAGUAACAAAGGAUUUGUAAAUUUUUGAAAUAUAUUCAAUAACUGAUGUGAUGUGGCAGAAAAGCUCUAGAGUCAGGCGGACCUGAAUUUGAAUCCCAGCUGUGUGACUUAUAAUCUCUGACUUUGGGGCAAUUUAAGAAAGUGUCCAAUAAAAUACUGUGUGUGUGUGUGUGUGUGUGUGUGUGUGUGUGUGUGUGUGUGUGAAAAAAAAAAGAAAGAAAGAAAGUGUCCAGCAGAGUGCCUGGGACAUAAGUCAGCUUUCUGUAAAUGUUUGUGACCUUUGUCCCCGUUAGGAGGAUUCAUAUUUGAUUUGAAUUCCCAUUUGGGGUACUGACCUUUCUUCUGAAAAUCCUAGUAAAACCAAUCCUGGUUAGAACUGUAGUCAGAGAACUCAGCAAAGCCAGUUAUUUCUAAAUUUGAAAGAAGUGACAAAAAGAACUUUUUGAGUAAUAAUAUACUAUAAUCAAAAUUUGGCAAUUAGCAAUUGAAAACCUUGCACUUUAUCUUUUAACCCUUCAGCAUUGUCCAUCUUUGUUUUGUUUUUUUAACCAAUAAAAUUGUAGUGAUUUUAA